CAGUCAGAUGAAGACAGACAGCAGCAGCAUCUGUCAGUGUCUGCUGAUGAAGGGACGACGUCUCUUUGACCUCAUCUGAACGGACUUUAACAGGAAGCCACGAUGACGGCAGUGGAUCUUUUCAACACUUUGGAGGAUUUAAAAGAAGAGGAAUACGUGAAAUUUAAAUGGCAUCUGCACCAAGACCUCCUGGAAGGCUUCCAACCCAUCAAAGCGUCCAAGCUGGAGAACGCAGAAAGGCAGGACAUAGUGGAUGUGAUGGUGAACACCUAUCGGCUAGAGGGAGCUCUGACGGUGACAAAGAAGGUUUUAGAGAUGAUGAACAGGAAUGAUCUGGUCCAGAGUCUGCCAGACACCGGCUCAGGACCACAAGAUAUGGCUGCUGCAAACUAUCUGCAGUCUGAAGAUCAGUUUCUGUGCUCCAUCUGUCUGGAUGUGUUCACUGAUCCUGUCACCACACCAUGUGGACACAACUUCUGCAAGAACUGCAUUACUGACCACUGGAAUACUAAUGACCAGUACCUGUGUCCCCUGUGUAAGGAGCGUUUUACCACCAGACCUGAUAUGAAGGUCAACACUUUCAUCUCUGAGAUGGUCACUCAGUUCAGACAGUCAGCUCAACAGAAAGCCAGCAGCAGCAGCUCAGAGCAACAAGUGUCCAAACCAGGAGAAGUUCCCUGUGACGUCUGCACUGGAACCAAACUGAAGGCCCUGAAGUCCUGCCUGGUGUGUCUGGCCUCCUACUGUGAGACUCACCUGGAGCCUCAUCUGACUGCUUCACCUCUGAAAAGACAUCAGCUGAUCAACCCUGUGGAGAACCUGGAAGGCAGGAUGUGUAUGGAGCACGAUAAACCUUUGGAGCUGUUCUGUAAGACCGACCAGACAUGUGUCUGCAUGCUCUGCACUGUUUUAGACCACAAGACACAUGAUGUUGUUCCUCUGGAAGAAGAAUAUGAAGGAAAGAAGGCAGAGCUAGGGAAGACAGAGGCUGGAAUUCAGCAGAUGAUCCAGAAGAGACGACUGAAGAUUCAGGAGAUCAAACACUCAGUUGACCUCAGUGAUGAAGAUGCAGACAGAGAGAUAGCAGAAGGUGUUCAGGUCUUCACUUCUCUGAAGGAGUCUGUUGAGAGAGGCCAGAAUGAGCUCAUCAACACCAUCAAAGAGAAGCAGAAAACAACAGAAAAACAGGCCGAAGCUUUCAUCACAGAGCUGGAACAGGAAAUCUCUGAGCUGAGGAAGAGAAGCACUGAGGUGGAGCAGAUGUUACGCUCUGAAGACCACCUCCAUCUUCUCCAGAGGGUCCAGUCCCUAAACAUCCAACAACCUCCACCCACUAAUGCCUGGACAGAGGUCAGCGUCCGUCCAUCAUCAUAUGAGGGGACUGUGGUGAAAGCUGUUGUUCAGCUGGAGGAGACGCUCUGUAAAGAGAUGAAGAAGCUGGUUGAAGCCGAGCUGAAGAGGGUCCAGCAGUAUGCAGUGGAUGUGACUCUUGAUCCUGAUACAGCACACCCUGCUCUCAUCCUGUCUGAUGAUGGGAAACAAGUGAAUCACGGUGAUGUGAUGAAGAAUCUCCCAGACAACCCAGAUAGAUUUUCUAAGUGUGUUUGUGUUUUAGGAAAACAGAGUUUCUCUUCAGGCAGAUUUUACUUUGAGGUUCAAGUUAAAGGAAAGACUGCAUGGACUUUAGGAGUGGCCAGAGAGUCGAUUGACAGGAAGGGAAAAAUCACACUGAGUCCUGAGGAUGGUUACUGGACGAUAUGGUUGAGAAAUGGAAAUGAGUACAAAGCUCUUGCUGACCCUCGAGUCCUUCUCUCUCUGAAGUCUCCUCCUCAGAAGGUGGGGGUGUUUGUGGACUAUGAGGAGGGUCUGGUCUCCUUUUAUGACGUAGAUGCUGCAGCUCUUAUCUACUCCUUUACUGGCUGCUCCUUCACUGAGAAACUCUUCCCAUUCUUCCAUCCCUGUAUUAAUGAAGGUGGUAAAAACUCUGCCCCUCUGAUCAUCUCUCCUGUCAGAGUAAACUAAUCACUGAUCUCAUUUCAGGUAUUGAUUCAUUUUCAAUCAAGGGAACAAAUGUACAUAUUCAUAUAUUCUACAUCUUAUUUUCUACAGAAUCUGUUUCCUGUGGUGACUGAUUUACACUUUAUUCCAUUUAUUAUCAUAUGUUAAAUGUGCAGCAAUUCUUUACAAAGUGAAUCAAACUUCAUCUUGACAUAUUUGGUGUCUUUAGAAACUGAUUUCUUCUGGAAGUUAUAAUAAAUGUCUGUGGGUUUAACAGAGGUUUAAAUAGAUAUCGUCUACAUAACGUGUGUCAUGAUGCAUCAAAUUAAUGUGUUGAUGAUGUAAUCAGAUCCACAUUUAUUAGUAUUUGAUGAGCAGCCCCAGAAAACAAAGUCUUUUGGAUAAUUACUGGUCACUUUGGCCAUUUUUUAUUGGUUUCAUGAAUUCUGUAAGAUGGUUUAUGAGUCAAAGAAAUGUGUAAAUAUGUGAUUGUAGAAUAAAAAGUGUAAAAUAAAGCAGGUGUUGAACACAAGGCCUGAGGAAGCAGUGAGAACAGAAAAGCUGGUUUACACACAAGUUGGAUUUCAGUCGAGGAUGAUCUUUAUUGUUGAGAAUAAAGUUGAACUUUCAGUAUUAGUGCCAGACAUAAAAACAAUAAAUCAGAGAU